CGGUAUUUGGUAUUUGCUAUCUGUGAGGCUGGGGUUCUCUUUAUGGAGUAGUAUAUGCUGUUGUUUAUUGCUUUUACUUAACCAACCUACGCGGACUGCAGUUACAAGAUACAGACGAGACACGACACGACCAUGUUCGCAACGCAGCCAUCACCACAACCCCAACUCCCGUUUACUCCGUGUACACCUCGUUAUCACAAUUACACACCCACACAUUCAUCACCGUUAUCACCAUCGUCAAAUAAAAAUAUGUCCUCAUCACAAUCACAGUUCUUCAACUUCGCCGCACAACACCAGCAGCAGUCACCACCACCAACCCCCCAAUCUCACUUCCAAUUCCAAUUCCAGGACCAACAAACCACCCCCCUCACACCUCCAGCUUCGAACACGAAACAAUCAACCUACGCCCAGCGCUACAGCGCCAAAACCGCAAGCCCCUUCUCCUCAGUCCCGACUUCGCGCCGCACAACAGGCACCUCUCCUGCCGCGUGCGCCCAACGGCGCAAUCUCUUCCUGAAGAAGAUAAGGGAAGAUCGUGAUGCGGAACGGUUCGAGGCGCGUGGGGAGCAGUUGGUACUUAUGGAGGAUGUGAAGGAGGAGAGGCAGUGGAGGGAGUCGAUGGGGAGGAGGGCGGAGAGGAUUAUGAGGGAGUUUGGGAUUGAUGCGGAUGUUGAUGCUGAUGGAGAGGGGGGUUUAAGGUUAACUGAGGAUGAAACGGCGCAGUUGGAUGAGUUUUUGUCGCAGGAGCUGGAGAUGGAGAUGGCGGAUAUGGAGCUGUUACAUUCGUUGGAACAGGAGCAGCAGCAGCAGCAGCUAAACGGGGCGAAUUCGUUUAGUGACGAAGAAUAUGACGACAUUUUCAUGGACCUCCCUGAGCCAAAUCUGCAAGACCAGGGGAUGGACAUGUCAAGUGGAUAAACUCCCUGACCUACAAUAUUACAUAAGCGGCGUUGGUGGCUUGGUUACAUUGGAUGUGGAUAGGAUAAUAAGCCAUGUAAAUAGGGUAUCAACCGGUGUAUAUGUAUAUGUACAGAUAUGCCAAGAAAUGUUAUUUAAUGGACCACGAUAUGACAGAUGUCGUAUCAUACUCCAAAAAUGCAGAAUUCAGAAUGCAGGAUUAUUGCGGAACACAGUCCGGGGGAAUCGCUCCCUGUCCGCCG